UAGCAGCCUAUCCACGGAUCUACAUCGCUAGUAAUACCUCGAGGAAAGGACAAAACAUAUACAUACAUAUAUUUACUCAUCAGUGCAAAGAUGUUAGUUAUUCAAAUCUUAUUUUCGGCAAUAAUUUUCGGCAUAUGGAACCUUGCAAAUUCAGACAAAUUCUAUGAAGUCCAGUACUUCGAACAGAAAUCUGGAAUCUAUUAUGAGAGAUUCAACAAUAUUCAUAUCAUAAGGGAAAAAUGGACCAUGCUAAUCACCAUCGACGUAGGGAAACUCCUGAUGGAUCCAUCAGAAGAACAGAUUGAAUAUGAGUCCACGUUUCGAGAUUGUUUCUUGGAGAAAUAUUUCUCUCGGGACCUAUGUUCUAGAGCACUUCAAAAACCGGCAAUAGAAUAUAUCAAUAAUGAGAGUGUUCACUUAAUGGCACAGCUCAGAGAAGUUAUAGAUAGAACCCCUGUAAGUGAACGCAGAAAUUCGCGAAACAUAUGGUUGGGAAUUGUAGGAACAGUAGCUAGAAAAGUAUUUGGAAUAUUAGAUCAGGAAAAUGAUGAAAGUUAUAGACAAGAAAUUAAUAAGUUGUACCGCAAUGCAACACGAAUUAUCCACUUAGUUAAUAAUUCCACACAUAUAUUAAGAACAGAAAUUGACUCUCUUGUUACACAACUCAAAAAUAAUGUUGAAGAUAUCAAUACACUUGCCAAAAGUAUCAAAGAUAUAGCUCAAUCCCAGAAUGAGCAUAUUAAUAUCAUAGACCAGGAAUUAGAAUACAGCAUUUAUGCAACUAAAGUUUAUAGGCAGACUCUGCAUCGCAACAACUUGCUAAAAGCUGCUAUUACCGGUGAGGAAUUGGCAGGUGAGGAAUUGGCAUGCUUUCCGGAUAUACCCUUAGAAUCAAUUCCCGAGUCUAAUGAAUGCGGAAUAGAUCUAUUCAAGGCUAAAGUCCCGAACGAUAUGAACGCAUGUAAUAUAAUUUUGCUUCAGCAAAACACCACCCAAUGGGUCGUGUUAGCUACCGAAAAUGCCUGGUUAUUCUCCACAUUUCAGCCGGAAAAACUAAAAAUUAGUUGUGAGGGUGAACUACCGGAUACUAUAAAACUGGAUGGCAUCGGGCUGUUGAAGUUUCCCCCUAAUUGUAGAGCCGAGAACCAUCGAAUCACUCUAUUAAGUCUAGGCGAGUAUAACGCCGGGUUGUCCGGAUUAAAUCCCAAAAAAGAUCUUCAUAACACCACGGAAUUUUUAAAAUUUGAUCAAUCUAUCAAGGAUAACAAUCUUUAUAAUCUUUGGGCUUCUCCCUUGAGACUCUCGAAAUCUUUAAUGGGGAAUAGUCUAAGUUUUAUACAGGCACGAGUCAAGGAGCUCAAUUUCAAAAGUCAAAAAGAUAAGAACUCUCAGAUCCUUUUAUAUGUCAGUAUAAGUUUAGCGUCAGUUACAAUCAUAGCAAUAGCUACCGUCGCGGGGCUCAAACUCAAAUCUCGAUUAAGAAUGAUCAAGGUUAAAUUUAUACAGGAAAAGACAAUUGAGGAGAAUGUCUCAUCCGUUCAGGAAAUUCACCAAUCAACUAAAACCGUGAUCUCUAUGUUAGCGGAGGAGGCCAACGACAAUUUGAUUAAUACACCAAGCGUUAGCAUGCCAUCUCCUAGCCCAAGGGCCGUGUGUCUGCAAGCCGAAUCGGGUUUUUAA